AUGACCGUAUCAGAAUGAGAUCAGGAAACUUAAUUUACCACAAGGAAGCGACACCUCGCAGACUGUCUAAAUAUGUGUUCGUAGUCUAAUAGUACGGAAACAGAACAGAAGGGUGCUCAAAGGAGAGCUGCUAAGGUCGGAGCGAUGGAGAACACGCGCCCCCCGAAUCACAUAUCCCCAUCAGCCUCGCCGCCGCCGCCGCCGCUCGGCCUCUGCCCCGGCUCUGCCACCCUCAUUGCCCUGCCCUGCCUCUACAGCAUCCUCUUCCUCACCGGGUUGCCCGGCAACACGUUGGCCCUGUGGGUGUUCCUGCGGCGCAUCUCCGACCGCGCCCCCACCCAGGUGUACCUGAGCCACCUGAGCGCGUCCAACCUGCUGGUCUCCCUGACCGCGCCCUUUAUGGCCGUGUACUACGUCCAGGCGGCCACCCGGCCCGCCGCCAGCCUCCUGUGUCAGCUGGUGCUGCACGGGGCCACGCCAAUGCUCCACGUCAACAUCCAGCUCAGCGUGGGCCUCCUUACCUGGGUGGCCCUCAGCCGCCUGGCCGCCCUCACCCGGUGCACGCCCGGCCACUUUGCCCAGCGCUGGUGGCCUGCCUUCUUGGACCGUCUGAGGAGGGCUUCCUUUGCCCGGAGGGUGUGCGUGGGUGCGUGGGUGCUGGUGGUCGGGGCCACCACUUUUGUGACCCUGUAUUACUCCCUGACGGAGACCCGGAGCGGUCGCGGCCCGGAGCCCGGUCGGGGAGGAGGGGCGAACCACAGCCGUGUGUCAGGCGAUAAGGAGGAAGAGGAAGUUGCGCUGUGUUUCAGCCCAGCCACAGAGCUGGGUGGAGUUCUGUCCAAAGUCGGCCAAGUGAUCACUAUCACGCUGUUCUUUGCGUGUUUCCUGCUGGUGCUGCUGUGCUACGUGCUGCUGUUGGAUCACGUCAGACGUGCGCGACGCAACAUCCAAAUGGCCUCCACCCAGGGCCUGCUUCGAAGGGUGUUCCGCAACAUCAUGGUCAUCAAGAUGGUGCUAAUCUUUUGCUUGCUACCGUACAAUGUCUACAAGGCCAUUUUCAUCUCCCUGGUCAUUGAUCAAGGUCUUUAUUCCUACAGCGCUAGUCAAAAGACCCAGCACUGCCAUCCAUUCUCCAGCCUUAUUGAGAUCAAGAAUCUCCUUCUACUUUUGGCCAUCAUGCGGGGAUCCUUGGAUCCUGUGAUCUAUUUCCUGUUGGACAAGAGUUUCCGGAAACAAACAUUUAUUCUCCUGGGGCUAAAGACUCAGACCACCACGCCCCAGGACGGGAGAGCUGCUCAGCUGCCUGGGCUGGCCGAGCUGGGUACAGACACUCCAUCCGCAGACAACAUGCUGUAAGCCUGUGAGUGCUUUAUAAGCUUGUGGUUCUUCCCACUAGUCCAUGGACAUUUCUGUGCAAUUGUAAUGUAUUUUUGGUAACAGUCGAUUGUAACUUUUCUAUGUUACAUUUAACAUGAAUGAAGGCCUGUUAUCUGUAGGGUUACAUUACUGUGUCUGCCUGUAUACAUGCCUGUGUCUGCCUGUAUACUGUAUAUAAGUUUGCCACGGACUUUGCGAUCCAUGAAAAUCAUUGUUUUUGUGUAUGUUUGAGAAACUGAUUCAAUGCACGGGACCAAAAUUGACCAAAUAAUAGAAAAUAUGUUUUAAAAAUAUAGCAUUUUCUUCUAACUUCAAUACACACUGCAGAAAGCUUAU